AUGGCGACCCUCGCCCCGCUCUCCUUCGGUUCUUACGCCGCCCUUCUCCUCUUCCUCCUCGGCGGCGCCGCCGCGGGUGGCGGGCGGUGGAACGUCCUGGAGAGCAGCACCGGCGUGUCGGCCAUGCACAUGCAGCUCCUCGUCGGCGACCGCCUGGUUUUCUUCGACCGCACGGAUAUCGGCCCCUCGGGGCUUCCCCUCGACAGCGGCAGGUGCCGAGACGACCCCUAUGACACGGCCCUCCCGCACGACUGCACUGCCCACGCCGCCGAGUACCACGUCGCCUCCGGCUCCCUCCGGCCGCUGACGCUCGCCACGGACUCCUGGUGCUCGUCGGGCACCGUCUCUGCCGCUGGGGUCCUCAUCCAGACCGGCGGCUUCAACGACGGCGAUCGCACCGUGCGCAUGCUGCGCCCCUGCGCCGACUGCGACUGGGAGGAGAAGCCCGCCGUCCUCGCCGCCCGGCGCUGGUACGCCACCAACCAGGUUCUCCCCGAUGGCCGCGCGGUCAUCGUCGGUGGCCGCGCGCAAUUCAACUACGAGAUCUAUCCCCCCUCGGCGGGGACCUCCUCCCUUCUGUAUGAUCUUCCCUUCCUCCGGCAGACGAGAGAAAAAGGGGAGAACAACCUCUACCCCUUCGUUCACCUCAACGUCGACGGCAACCUCUUCAUAUUCGCCAACAAGGACGCCAUUCUGCUCGACUACCGGAGGAACGUCAUCUUGAAAACGUUCCCGCAGAUGCCCGGCGGCGGCCCGCGGAAUUACCCCAGCACCGGCUCCUCCGUCCUCCUCCCGCUCGGCCCCUCCGGCGCCGAAGCGGAGGUCCUGGUCUGCGGCGGCGCUCCGACGGGGUCCUUCCAGCGGGCGUGGCGCGGGGUAUUCCAGCGGGCGCUGGACACAUGCGGGAGGAUCAAGAUCACCGAUCACUCGCCGGAGUGGGCGAUGGAGGAGAUGCCGGUGGCGAGGGCGAUGGGGGACAUGAUCCUCCUCCCCACCGGCGAGGUGCUCAUCCUGAACGGCGUGGAGAGGGGGACUGCGGGGUGGGAGCUGGGGAGGGACCCGGUACUCAGCCCCGUCACCUACCAGUCUGAUGGCACCCCUGGUUCUCGGUUCCGCGUGGAGGCCUCCGCCACCAUGCCCCGAGUGUACCACUCCUCCGCCGCGCUGCUCCGCGACGGGCGGGUCCUUGUCGGCGGUAGCAACCCGCACGCAUACUACAACUUCACUGGCGUCCUCUUCCCGACGGACACCAGCUUGGAGUCCUUCUCACCGGAGUACCUGAGCGAUGAGUUGGCCGCCCACCGGCCAGUGAUCCUGCCGCCGCACGCGACGGCGCUGAGCUACGGGGGCGACUUCAGCGUCAGGUUCUCGGUGGCGGCGGGGCUGGGGAAGGCCGGCGUGAGGGUGACGAUGCUGGCCCCAUCCUUCACGACGCAUUCCUUCGCCAUGAACCAGAGGCUGCUGGUGCUGGAGUCCUCCGCUGCAGCAGCCGAUGAAGGGAAGGCCGCGGCCUACGAAGUGAAGGCCACGGCUCCCCGCUCGGCCAACCUCGCGCCGCCUGGUUUCUACAUGCUCUUCGUCGUCAACGGCAACGUUCCCAGUGUAGGCGUCUGGGUCCACAUUAAGUGA